UUUCUGUCAACUACGAACUCUCGAUGGAAAAGGUUCCCGGUAGCGGUUGUCAACGACGCUGUCGCGGAAAACCGUCGCGUAUAAGAUUUUCGUGCGUGAACGCGGCCGACGCCGAUCUCGAGAGCCUGAACCCGUCCUGGAUCGCACGUGGCUCUAUAAUUCGCGGAUAAUCCAUCGGUCUGAUCGGCGAUCCUCGAACUUCCGACGGUGAACACAUGUGCUACAUCGCCGAGGAUACUAUCGUCCGCCAGUGAUACAGUGUCGGGACUAGUUCUCAGGAUUAUCAGGAUUCAGCGUGAAAAACCGUGGCACGCGGAGGUGGCAGUGAACUGGACGGUGUACCUCGACGCCUCGAUCGAUCGAUAGAUCCCGGUGGACCGUGGAGGCGUCGCGCGAGUGGAUCGACGGAUGACAGUUAAGAAUCGCGGAGUCCAGUGUCACGUGGCUGAGUGCGGGAUAGUGGCACGUGGCUAGGUGUCCGAUCUCGAUACGUUUUAACGAACAGGUGCUUCGGAUCGUUCCUCUGUACCGUGUCGGGGGAAAGGGAAAAAGGAUAAUCGGUCUCGUGUGAACGGUGGACGAGUAUCGGGGAGGUGGAUCGGAUAAUUAAGAGGGUGCCAGGUAAAAGCGGAAACGUGGAAAUGAGGCAAAUCACCGGACUUAUCCGAUGAGCGACGCGCGUCUUCGUGAGAAGCCGGUGUGUGGCCAGGGGACCGGAGAGCGAGCGCCGGCCGCGGGGAUAAUUAAUUUGGGUACUAAUUAGUCUAGCACCGGGGCGGGUGCCGGACCGGCGAGAGAGAGAGGCGGAGGGGCGCGCGGACAAAUGCGCGCGAAGGGUCGAGGCGGUUUGAUCGGCGGAUUUGCUGAUUAAACCUCCGUCGUUGGAUGACCCGGAAGGAUCCGGCUGAAAGGGCGGGCUAAUGAGACUAGACCUCGAGGAAAUUUCUCGCGAGAAUACGAUACUGGAGGGACGGCCCGCGGUUCCCGUGGCUCUGAUGGAUUCCGGCGCGGAGGGAUGAGGACGGACACGGUGUUCCCGUCGAGAGAGAGCGACCGCUAAGUCUCGAGGUUGUAAUCUAAUUUGGGUUUUAAGUGAUCGAGGAUACCCGGCGGAUUCGAUUGAUGCUGUGCUGGAGGGAUUAUUAUAAUCAACCGGGGAUAUGCUCCGGGGUUGCCGCACGGACGAUACACUGGGACCAUUCGGGAUAACGAGACGAACAACGGGCAACACGAUUUUCCGGUGGAUUCGCGCGUUAGCAUCCGCUGUUUUGUUUGACAAGGGCGGAGAAGCCGGAAGGAGGUCACAGGUUUGGGGUAGGUCCGCCACUCCUAGUCCUUCCCCGAAGGUAUAGAGCGUCUCGAUCGAUCCGGAUCGAUCAGGUUUCGCCCGAAGUUUGGGUGUAACUUGUACGGACCGUCUUAAUUGACGAUCGUUAAACCGCAGUUUCGGAUGUAAAUUGUUUUAUCCGAGUGUGUUGCGAUUCGAUCCUUCGAGAAACGCAGGGGAGUGAACGGUAAUAUGUUCAGUGGAUUUUGCUGAGGCUGCAUAAAGGCUGGCCGCUGCGAGGAAAAAUGGAGGAUCGCGUUUGAAAAAAGAAAAACACCGAGAACCAGCCCUCCGGCUGUCCUACAAGCAGGCUCGUCGAAAAGGGUGGAUUGUCUCGCGCGAGCGACUGAAAGCAUCCGCUCGGAUCCCGCGAACGGUCCACCGUAAAUCGCGCAAACGAUUAUAACGGGCAAAAAGAAGAGGAACGAAAAAUCGCGGCCGGCUUUGAAAGAAAACUGUGGCGAACCCGGCCCCUGAUUACUCCACACCCCGGCGAGCCCAUUAAAAAGGGAAAAACACCGCGACGCGGCUGUCUGAGAGCGUCCGACGGUUGUUAAUAACUAUCCCGGCGAAAAAUACGGUGACCGCUCUACCGAGAGAAUCGACGAUAAUGAUUCCGGAAGGGAAAUAUAGGAAAUUCACACCUUGAUGAACUUGACGGGAGGAUACUCGAAUAAAAGUGACCGGAAGGGACACGGUGGGAGUUACCGCGGUGAUCUCGCUCGUAAAUGAAAUGAUUGUUCUACUGGAAAAUCGAUGAUAACGAAUCUGCAGGGAAAUCUCUGAAAAUUCGUCCCUUGACGGACUCUGAAGCAGAAUAUUCUGAAAAGAGCAAGUGGACUUGAUUAGUAUGGGAAGUAUACUAUGGGAAAAUUCAACAUAGGAAGUGCAUAUAGAAACCAUUAAGAAACCACCCCUUAACGAACUUCGACAAUGCACCGAGUGACUAAAGGGAAUUAUCAUUUACUUGCACAAUUUAAGGAUUAUUCCAUGAGAAAAUCGAAGUUAGUGAACAUACGUGGACAGUAAUCGAAAGCCACCCCCUGAAUAUUCUAAAAAAGAAUAUUCUAAAGAGUAAGGAAGGAGUAAGUGGAUUUUAUUAGCAACACUAGUGAAGAACACGAUUAUUCUUCGAAGAAGUACGAGACUAAGUAGAAAGUAUCAAGAAAACCACCCUUAAGCUCUAAAAGAGAAAACAUCCAAACCGAUGAAACGCAGCGAGCAAAUUUGAUUAGCCACGCCGAAGAAAAUACUACUUAUAUCAGCGGAAUAUCGAAGAUAGCGGAUCUACCGUGGGAAUAUAAAGAAACCCCACCCCUGGAGCAUCGGGAAAGUAGAGGGAAGCUAUUCGAAAAAUAAAAGUGAUCGAAAGCAACCAGUGGAUUUGAUUAGCAGUCGCCCGGUUGGAAGUAAUAAUAAUAAAAUUGCACGGCGAGGGUGGGUGGUGCAGUCGUCAAAUGUUGAGCGAACGAUGAGACACUCGAGGUUACAAGCGGGGUGGAGUGGCUCUUCAAUCGGCGGAUCGUACUCCAGGUGCGGCAAGUGUCCGACUAAAAUGUGGCUGCCGUUGCUGGUGCUCUGCUCCCUUCUGAGGACAGGGGCGGCGAUCAAACUUCUGAGGCUAGAAGUGCCAAGUAUAGCGGAUCCCAGGUUGGAUAAAGUGACUCUGAGGUGCGAGUACGAUCUGGACGGCCUGGAUUUGUACUCGGUGAAGUGGUACAAGGACGGCGCCGAGUUCUUCAGGUACAUGCCCGAAGCGAAGCCACAAGGCCGAGACUUCCCCGUCGAGGGCGUCUACGUCGAUGUAGAUAGAAGCGACUGCAAGCAAGUGACGCUGCUGGGACAGGCGAACACGAGCAAAGGUAAGGUGAACCUCGUGGGAUCGUAUGGCUGCGAGGUGUCCACCGAGGCGCCGAGCUUUCUGACAAUCUACGAGGUGGCGAACAUGAGCGUCGCCAUACCGCCGAGCGAGCGUCCCAGCCUCCAAGGGCUCCGACCAUCCUACGAAGCCGGCGAGAUCCUUCACGCGGAGUGCACCUCGGCGCCGAGCUAUCCCGCCGCGGCGCUUGCUUUCAUCCUAAAUGGAAAAGAGGUGAGCAAAGGUUCGACGAAGGAACUGCCGACCAGCGGGCCCACGGAGAACAGCAUCGUGUCAUCGACUCGAUUGAGCCUGUCGUUGCGCCUGGAACGACACCAUUUCCCUGGCGGUACCCUAAGCCUGACCUGUCAGUCCACCUUACCGGGAAUCAAAGGCGCUAGAGCAGCAUUGGAGAGGACAGAAACUGCGACGCUCGCUGCCAGCAAUCAGCGGCUUGCCCAGGAACCGCCGCGAUCCGGCUCCGGUUUCAACAUUCCCAUCCUGUCUACCAUGGUUUGCUGUCUGCUGGCAACCAUCAGAUCGGUUUCACGCGGUAACGUUUCAUUUCUGCAUGCAUAAUCGCCGGGACACUCACGAUUAUCGAUUAUUUAUCUCGCAUGGGACAUCAUUCAAGAGACACUCGGGCGGUUUUCACCGGAUAUCUACUAGGAACUAGCUCUUACGGAAAUGUUAGACAUAUUUUUUUAUCGAUAACCGAGUCAUCGAGAUCAGGAACAACAUAAAUCGAGUUUCCUUACUUUAAUCGUACGCGUUUGGUUAUCGGAAUGAUCGUUCCUCGUUUCGGAAGAAUUCACGAGAAGUCUUAUGCGGUCUCUGAUCUCGCGAGUUCAAUUAACCUGCAGAUUUUUAUGCAAAUAUAGAUGCUUAUGAUUCGAUCGAUCAUUGAAAUUGGGUUUUCUAUUUCAGUCUUCUAAGUUUGCGUUUGAAUUGCGUUGAAACCGACAUUCUAUAAAUGCAUAAAAUCCGCAGUUUAAUGAUAAUGUAUAUUUAGAAGACGAAAACCCUGCAAACCAUUAAGUUCGAUAUUCCGAUAAAGUGACUUAGAGAGUCGUAUGAUCAUCUAGGUUAUCGCUCAGCGAAUGGCGAAUAUUCCAGUGACACUUUAUAUGACCCUAUACUUAGAUCUCAUUACAUACUUCUGUUCCAAUUAAUUAAUCUACUGUGCUUUUAACGUACUUUAAUUUUCAUCUUUCAUCAUUUGUUCGAUUUAGCAUGUAAAUCGGUGAUAAUACAACAUAACGUCAUUAAAUAUUGCAACGCGUUUGACAAAGCAUGUCAGCCAAAGGAAACGACGAAUCCUCAUCCAGAACAUGUAUUCUACCUCCAUCUACAUGUACUCUCCCCCUUUCUCAUGCACAAAGGAUUACCGACGCAAGAAGCGCACGCCAAAUAUAUUUUUAACAAUUACUUUUUACAACGGGCACACGAGAGUCAAGCUGUGUCACUUGAAUGACGUUCCCCGUCAGAGAGAUCGCGCUUGUUAGCUGGGGAAACGGAUCGACUCGACGGUUCAAUCGUCGAAUCGAUCGGUUUCGCUGCCAUCUUGGCCCGCCAUGUUGCGCCGAAGUUUUCCUUCUCUGACGUCGCUGUGGAUUAUUAUUGCGGGAUGUUCGGGCGACCCUUUAGAUCGUUCUUUGAAGCAUUUAGCGUUGACAGCGAUUGGCGCCGGGAAUCAACCUUUAACCCAGUAGGUCACGUCCGAAUUGCUCGAAUUGGAAAACUUUGGCACGAUAAUGUGCGGUAUAAAAGGAAUUUUAUUAGCUUACUUUCAGCUCUAAUUAGAAAUUGGAGAAUCGUUGCCAGUAAACACUUUGGAUUUCGCGUUCUUUUGAUUCUUUAACCCUUUGCACUCGAGAGGCGCCUUCCAGUCAUUUGAUUUGACCCAACGUUGUAAAAUUGAAAAUUCAAUAUUAAAUUUUAUACAACGUCCGAACAUGAAACAUCGAAAUAAAAUAGUU